UGUAGUCACAAGUUAGGAAAUAGUGGUGCCACCUGCGAUGAAUCUAUCAACCUACUGUGCAAUUGAAAUUAAUCAAGAUUUGGCAGGUGUAUGUUUGUUUAAUUGCGGCGUUAAUCGUCUGCUUCUUUGUUCCUCUUACACUUAAAUUAAACUCGCAAAGCAUGACGACGCUUAGACCUUUUACGUGCAACGAUUUGUUUAAGUUUAACCUCGUAAUUUUCCUUAUAUUUCUUUUGUAGUAUGGACUUACUUUUUAUACACAUUAUCUGGCCCAUUGGCCAGAAUAUUUUCAAGUAGCAGAAUCACCGAGUGGAGAAAUUAUGGGUUAUAUUAUGGGAAAGGCAGAAGGAUACAGAGAGAAUUGGCAUGGUCACAUAACUGCUCUCACAGUCUCUUCUAAUUAUAGAAGAUUAGGCCUAGCUGCAAUGCUCAUUAAAGUUUUGGAAGAAGUUUCAGAAAAAAAACAAGCGUAUUUUGUGGAUCUUUUUGUCAGAGUCAGUAACAAGGUAGCCAUCAAGAUGUACCAGCAACUGGGAUAUAUCGUAUACAGGACUGUUCUGGAAUAUUAUAACGGGGAUCCGGAUGAAAAUGCUUUUGAUAUGAGAAAGGCACUUUCCAGAGACGUGAAGAAAAAAUCGGUGAUACCGCUGACGCAUCCGGUAACUCCGGAAGAAGUAGAGUGAAUAUAUAUAUAAAAAUAUUUAUUGGAGGCAUCGAUGUGAAAUAAAGGACACGCUUGAAAACAUACACGAUAUAUUAUUAUUGCGGCGAAGUAUAUGAUUCCCAAAGUGAAUAAAUAAUCUCU